AUGAUCAUGCUAUUUAAAGGCAACAGUAGUCGGCUGGAGCAUCUCAUUGAGAAGAUCCAGGCGAACAAAGAAAAUCACGACGUCACCUCGGAGGACAUAAAAGAGGCGCUGGGCAGUGUGGGCAGUACGGCGGGCAGCUCUUGGCCGUCGUCGACGCCGGAGCCGUCACCGUCGCCAGCCUCCACACCAACCUCGGCCGAUGCUGCCGACGCUGAGGCCGAACCACCCUUCACUCUCGGCGCCACAGAGCAUACCCCUUACCAGUGCCAGUUCUGCGAUAAAGCUUUCCCCAGGCUUUCCUAUCUCAAAAAACAUGAACAGACGCAUUCAGAUCAGAUGCCCUUCCGAUGCGAGUUCUGUUCUCGCCUGUUCAAGCACAAGCGGUCCCGCGACCGGCAUGUCAAGCUGCACACUGGAGACCGCAAGUACCGCUGCGCUCAUUGCGAGUCAGCGUUCUCUAGGAGUGACCACUUGAAGAUUCACAUGAAAACACACGACAAUCAGAAGCCGUUCCAAUGCACUGUGUGCAAUCGAGGAUAUAACACAGCAGCAGCUUUGACGUCACACAUGCAGGGCCACAAGCGGGACCGCGAGGGCCGGGAGCCUGACAGGCGUCGAGCACUGCGCUGCCUCAGAUGUGGAGACGCUUUCCGACGACCUGACCUGCUCCAGGCCCACAUGGUGAGCGCCCAUGGCGUGGACACAGCAGCUAUGACCCCACCUCGGCGUGUCGCCUCUCAACCGCCGCCCACGCUGCUCGCCUGCAUAUAUUGCACUCGCGACACCUUCACCAGUAUGGAGCAAUUACAACUUCAUGUCCGUGCGGCACACUCUGCCCUGCUAAAUGGGGAGGGACCCGUCCAAGUGGAUCAGCCUGCACCUACAGAUCUAAGUAGGCGAGCUCCCGAUGAAGUACCCCCAGUGAAACGUCCUCGAUCCGGCUCAGGCACUCCUCAAACAACUCUAUCACCAAGCACACUGCUCUGCAAUCAAUGCGAUGCCGCUUUACCGGACUUUGAAGCUUUUAGGGCUCAUUUGAAAGGACAUUUAGAGGAAGGAGGAGAGCUAGGACGCUCAAGCCCUGCUCCGUGUGUACACUGCGGCGCUACCUUUGCGGAUGCCGCAGCUUCGGAGCGACACUUGACGGCUCAUUACUUGGCAGUUUCCUGCGAAUACACCUGCCAUAGCUGCGCUAGGAGUUUCUCAGCUCCGGAUGACCUGCAAAAACAUCUCCUCGAGUUGCAUGCUCACCACCUUUAUAGGUGUGCUCUAUGCAAGGAAGUCUUUGAUUCGAAGGUUGCAAUUCAGGUUCACUUUGCUGUAGCACACAGCGGUGAAAACAAGGUGUGGGUGUGUCGUUCUUGUGGUGUGGGUGCGGGUGCUCUACGCUCUGAAGCUGAAGGCGCUGCCCACGUACGCUCUCGGCACGCAGCCGCUGCCCCGCGCUGUGCGUGUGGGGCCUUGCUUGGCAGCGGUGUGGCUGCGAGGACGCCCAGGCCACAUCGCGCCUAUCGUUGUCCUGUCCCAGCAUGCAACGAUGCUUUUGCAGUGCAGUAUCUACUUGAAAGGCAUAUGCAAGCGCAUCAUGCAAUGCAACAACAGGUCUUAAACGGAGAUCUACCUAGAGUGAAAAGAAUGGAAGCAAGCAAUGGUGUUGAAGGUGGCGAUGAUGCAAGGUCUCCGUGUACCCCCGGUGCUGAAAGUGGCGGAGUGACUACUGCCGUUGUGGCAGCCAGUGAAGAACGACGCCGGAAAAACGGCGCUGUCGCCCUGCAGUGUGCUUACUGCGGAGAGCGCACCCGAAGCCGUGCUGAGUUGGAGGCUCAUACUCGAGCCCAUUCUGGUGCAGCGGCUGCUAGACACAAGUGUCUCAUCUGUGAUGAAGUACUGCCCUCUGCCGCGGUACUAGCCGAACAUAAGCUGACACACUGCAAGGUUAUAUCGGGUGAUACGUGUUCUCGGUGCCGUGCUCGUCUUUUAUCUGAAGAGUCGUUCCUUGGUCACAUGGCGCGUCAUCACCCAGCUUUGCCUGCGCCUUGUGUAGUGUGUCGUCAAACACUAGCGUCGGAAGCUGAGGCACGACUGCAUGCACGUUUUCAUCUGCGACCUGGGGAGGAUGAGCAGAGAUGUGCGAUAUGUCUCCGCGCACUACCAGAGGGUGAGGCUGGUGAGGGUGCUCGUGCUUGCUCAGCAUGUUACGCUCGUCACGCUGCGCCGCGGCCCCCACCUCCCGCCGACCACGACUGCCGCCUGUGUCGACGAGCACUCGGUUCUCCCACCAGACUGCAGGCUCAUCUCAUCGAACACACGUUUGCUGGCAUUGGUGCCUUCACCUGCUACUUGUGCUCAGCUGUAUUCACAAGCGCGGCAGGCCUGCAACGCCACCUCCCUGAGCAUGCCUCUGCCCCGCGACCUUACGACUGCGCGCGUUGUGGACUGAAAUUCUUUUUCCGCGCGGAGCUCGACAACCAUGCGUUUGUGCACCUUGAAGAGGCGGAGAUAGCACAGAGGGCAUUCUAUGAAGCUUAUGCUCGUGGUGCUGCGUCUGCGUGGGCUGCUUUGGCACCGCCAGAGCCUCAGACAACGCCGCCCCAAGCCGAGGUUAAACGUGAGCCGGAAAUCAAAGAAGAGCGGGGAACUGACGAGUAUAUUGAAGUGUCGUCCCCUCCCCCCGCACCACCGCCGCCCGCUCCCCCUGCACCGCCGUCUCCCGCCCCCGUAGUAAAACAAGAGAAGCCAGACGAGGAGUAG